AUGGCGGGACGGGUUGAGCAAGUGUACGGUCGCGUGACGAUCGAGGAGCUCGUACUGGGCGGUGACCGAGAGAGGUGGUGGCGCGAGCGGGGCCCUGUUGUUGGGGGUCGUCAACUGCUCGUCACGUGCUUUGCCCGACCACUUGGUUGUCAGGGGCUAAGUCUGCCUUACCCGCAUGAAAACGGGGAAAUUUCCUCGAACAGAAGGAACCCCAAAGUCGCGCCAGCAUUUGAGGAAGUGCUGGACUCCAUCGGGUCGAGAGGAAAAUUUCAGACAAGGCUCAAUAUUGUUUUCAACUGCGUCGGCCCAUGUCUCAAUAUGUUGAGUGUAAAUAUUUUCUUUCUAGCAAUGCAGACGCCCGAUCACUGGUGCCAUGUUCCUGGCAGGGAACGUACCAACCUGUCGCUGGAGGAGUGGAAGAAUUUUACAAUUCCGAGGGCAGGCAAUUCGUUCAGCAAGUGCCUGAUGUACAACCAGAGCGAUGGUAUCAAUGGCGUCAACUGGAACAGUUCAGAACCCGUCAAGUGUCAGCACGGCUGGGAUUACGACGACACGUGGUUCUCUCUGACCGUCCCCUCCCAGAUGAACUGGGUCUGCGACAACGAGCAGUCCGCCAAUGACGUCUUGUUCUACGCACAAAACAUCGGAGUGGCUCUGAGCCUGCUAUUCGGAUACAUAGGCGACAUGUACGGACGGCAGCUCCUGCAGUUCCUCUGCCUGGUGGCCCACGCGAUCAGCAGACUGCUGCUUGUCCUCACACUAGACUUCCUGGUGCUGUUCAUCCUGGCACAGUCCCUCGUAUCAGCAGCGGCCGGACCUAUGCAUGAAUCUGCCUUGUCUGUUGGUUUGGAACUGGCAGACGUCAGACAUCGCACGACCCUGAACUACUUGUCAAGCUUUUGCUUGGGGGCUGGCGUUAUGGCUACUGGCUUCUUAGGUUGGGGUCUGCGCAACUGGAAUUACUCAAUGUGGUUCCCGGAGUCUCCUCGGUGGUUGGCGUGCAGAGGUCGCGAGGAGGACGCCCUGAGGCUGCUGAGACGCAUCGCCACCACCAACGGCGGGCGGCUGCCUCCGUUCGCUCCGAGGGUGAUGCGGACCGUGGCCAAGGCCCAGAGGGACAGGAAGGGCUUCCUCAGCCUCUUCUCCAGCUGGAACGUCUUCAAGAAUACGGUGCUGCUCAUCACUGCCAGGUCUGCGCACGUACUGACGCAGUACUCGCUGGUAUUGCUGGCUGGUGGUGUGGGCGUGAAUCCCUUCCUGACGCUGGUGGCGCAGGGCGCGGUGCAGCUGCCCUCUGUCUGCACCGUCCACGUCUGCGCGGCGCGCUUCGGCCGCCGCUGGAUCGGUGUGGGCUGUGCUCUGCUGGCAGGGGUCACCUGCGCGGCCACCGCCUGCAUGCUGCAUGCUGGCAUCAUCGGACUGCCUAUCACGGUGGCGGCUGUGAUAACGCAAUUCUUUUCGACGGGCACAAUCUCCAUGGCCAACCUGCAGAGUGUGGAGGUCCACCCCACAUGUCUGCGCCAGAUCGCGGCCUGCGUCGAGUGGACCGCAGCUGCCAUCGUCAUGUCUGCUCUGCCAUACGUGGCCCUCAUGAGUGAUAGACGGACCCCCUACGCCAUUCUCGCAGCUCUAAACUUGGGAACAGCGUUUGCAGUAUCGUUCCUUCCAGAAUCGGCGUUGCAGAGGCUACCAGAAUCAUUACAGGAUGCUGCCGUCUUCGGAAAAGACCAGAAGUAUUGGAGCUGGAAGCCAAAGCCAGCUCCACAGUGUGCCAUGGAGUAA